AUGAGCAGAUUGAGUUCUUUCUACAAGCAUCCAGGAGCUGUCACUACGCUUCAUUUUCUCUGCGUGUGGGUCAUCUGUUGUGUAUACCGGACUGGCUUUGGGACGAAGGCCAACACUUGCGAAGCGAGGACGAACGAGUGGUUUGUCCGGAAUAUUCUUCCCAUCGCUUUAAGCAACCCCUUGACUGUCGUUUUCAACAACACCGCCCUCGUCUACGCCGGGGCCGGCGUCUGUGCAAUCCUAGGGACUCUCUCCCCUGUCAGCGUGGCUGUGCUUUCGUAUGUGGUUGGCCGGAAGCUCAGCUUGAUGUCCUGGUUCGGGGUUUCGGUGGCCUGCUGCGGGGCUUUGCUGAUUGCAGCCGGCGAAGUGAAGUCCAUCGGAGCACAGAGCGCGCCUGAGAGAACUCUCAUUGGCAUCCUUUUUGCAUUGGCCUCUGUGGGCACUCGCUCUCUGAAAAUCGUGGUCAUGGACUUUCUCCUUGCACCGAUGGAGUAUGCGUCCGAACUGAGCCCGCUGAAGGUGAGCCCCAUGAGCCCCAUGCAACUCUAUUGUUUGCAAGCACCCUGGUGUGUGCUUACGGCCUUCGUUUUCGCAGUUUGCACAGACAGCUUCCAAGAGGCCUUCGCAGAGCUUACAUGGGAUUCUGCAGUGCUAAUCUCUGUCACCUGUGUCAGUGCUGUCGCUCUAAACUUUCUUGGGGUCUUCGUGCUCAAGGAGCUCGGUGCCAGCUCCCAGCAGAUCUUGGGCAAGCUAAACACCUUGAUGGUUGGGGCCAUUUCGGUGGGUUACUUGAACGAGAAGGUCUCCAUGACGGUCCUUCUGGGCUCCGGAGUCGUGCUCUCCGGUGCAUUCCUCGUCGAGCUCGGCAAAGAGGGCAAGAAGGAUGGGAAGAGCCUCUCCGAGCCCAGCAAAGUCUGA